CAAUAUCCCCUCAAACAUGAAUAUUUUAUUUCUGUACUCAAAUAAAUCAUUGCAGUCGUGAGUAUUUUCUAUUUGUUUGGUCAAAACAUAAACAUUGAUAAUUCUCUUAAAGGUGGACAUCAGACCUUAUGGAGCCAAUCAUCUUUUCAUCAUCACCUGACUGUGAAGUGCUUUGUGUUGCCAGUGACAUUUCCAACUCGGUGUGGUGUGACCUUUAAUAUCACAGAGCCUUUGAACUGCUUCAGCAGAGAAUUAAAAACAUGUUACAGGUCAAAAAGGAAAGUUAGGAGCGUGCCUGCCCAGACUCUCCCCAACAACUGAAGCUGGCGUUUUGGUUCGGCUAAAUUACUGCUGAACUCAUGGUUAUUGGGAAUUUUAUUGGGAGCUUUCCUGUCUGAAAACAAUGUCUGGAAAAGUGUGCAGUAGCAGCAACAGUGUUAUUCAAGCACAAAAACUGGUGGAUCAGCUGCGACUGGAGGCAAGCAUGGAGAGAAUCAAGAUCUCCUUGACAGCAGCAGACUUGGUCCAGUACUGUCAGGACCACAGGCGCAGUGACCCUCUGCUUACUGGCAUUUCUGCUUCAUCAAAUCCUUUUAAAGACAAAAAGACCUGUGUGGUGCUUUAACUCUCCUGAGAACAGAUGACUAAAAAAUAGUAUUAGUAACUUCUCUGUGACUGUGCAACUGUUACUAUUACCAAAUGUGGACAGGAUAAAUCUUGUAGGGAAAUUCAUUUUCGGUCAAGUUGUCAUGACUUGUCUUAGAUGAAAUAGGAAUUUAAGAAUUUAGCUGCUUUACAGAAACUACUCAAUUAGAGCAUUGAACCAAUCCAGUUGAUAAAUCAGACACUAGACCUUCAGGUUAUUUAAUGCCAACUUAAUGGAAGUACUUUCACCAGUGUUUUAACAAGUCAGUAAAAUUUAACCAACAAAAUAAGUGUUCAAUGUUUAAACUUACACAAAGACAAACACACACUAGAACUACUGUGUUUGAAUAAAUAGCAUAAAUACGAUGUGUGUCACAGAGGGCUUAGACAUAGUAAAUGACACAGCUAAUGCAUUUUAUACAUCAGUUCAUGUGAUGGAAUGGCUUCACUCAACCUGUAAGCAUGUCAGUAGCACAGCAGUACUGUAGUAGUUUGUCUUCUUUUAGUUACGGUGGUCUGUAAACAGUCCUCUUUUGACUCGAUGUUAAACAUACAAAGAGACAAAUGUGCUGUGAAAUCUUUGGGUAUUGGCACAAAAUACAUUGGAUAAAUAUUAACAAUAAAUUUGUGUCCUCUACGA